AGGUGAACAGUCUGAGCAAACAGGUGUCCAGGCUCAGUCAGGAGCUGCAGGAGAUGUCUCGUCUGCUGAAGCCCCUCCUCCUACAAAAAGCUCCACCCCCCUCCCAGAGUAGUGCCGGGCCCCUCUUGUCCAGCAGCUGCCAAUUGGCUCCGCCUCCCUGUGCCCUCCAGAAGCCACAGUUUCAUUCCCUGUUGGAUGGUGGGGAUGGGGGGGUGGUGGAUCUACAGGGGUGCCUGGCCCCAACCAAAAACCCCAACACCCCCCUGGCAUCAACAUUGCCCCCUCCUGAACACACAGGAGGCAGUCCACCCAAUGAUGGGAGGUACCCAGGCAACUCCUUGGAGUCCCAGAGCCCCCCCUCCAGUUAUGAGCUGCUCCUGCUCUCCUUGGAGCAGCCCCCCCUUGCCUCCCACCCCCCUUCACCAUCUCUAUCAGUGUCCCCAUCUUCCUCCUCAUGCCAAAGCCCUCAUCCAUCCCAUUCCAGCAGCCAACCCCGCCCACCUCCCUUUCCAGACAGCCCCCCCGCAUUGGCCUGUGGACGCUCGGCUCCGGCAUCACUCACGUCCUCCCCAGGACGGAGGCAGCCUCCUACAGGUCCCAGCCACCUCCCUGCUGCCUCACUCUGUCCCUCCUCCCUCUCACUGCCUCUGGACUUAGUAAUGAGAACAGAGCCGCCCCCCAGUUGUGACUCCCAGCUGGAGGUGGAGAGACAGGAGCCGUGGUGGGAGGGAGGGGGCUCUUCCACCCAACACAUCAGCUUCAUUGAUGAAGAGUAGCCUGACCUAUGAGGGAGGGGCACCCUGACAUCGGAACGACAGGGGGGCAGAGUGGCACACAGUCACAGUCAUGUGGCGAGAGUGGGGGUCUGACAGAGCCAAAGAGAAGCCAGUUUACAGGAAACAUUGAACUGUUUACACACAGCCAAUCUGAUUGUACCCCCCCCCC